GUAAGAUCACUUUCAAAAAGAUGUAUGCACAACUUUAAGCAUUCAUAUUCGUAUUUUUAAACAUUUGUGCGUAAAUUAACUUAGUCACGCAAAAUUACGUUUUCAUACACGUGAGUCAAUAAAAUUACAUUUGUGUUUUUAUGUGAGUGUGACUCUAGAAGCCAUGACUGUAAACAUUCACGAGUACAACUCUGAUUUCUACGACUACGAAUUCUUCACUAUGAACACAAAUUCAAGUUUGUGGGUACGAGUAAAGAACAGUUGAAAUGACGUCACUGCCGUCCCAGGGCAGGUAAUCGAACCUCGAUUCCAUCUAACGCGCAUGCGUCAAAGGUGAAAGAUGGCUAACAACAGACCUGAGGCUGCCAACCUAGGCUCAGCAUCACAGGGACCACUGGCUACUCAGUUACUGCAGCGUCUGGAAUCAAGGAUCACUGACACGUUAAGUCAACCAUACUUUAAUUUGGACUACUUCCAGUACGUUGUAAAUCAGGAAGCCUUUAUUCUGACAUCUGCAUCUAGCAUUUUAAACAUCCCAGCUGAAAUUGUGGAGUGUCUUUUAUCCCUUCAAAGAAUGAUCCACGCAGCUCUUUCCCAAGAGAGUCCUUGUGUUUUUAUUAGAGAAGGAGGACGCGGCCGACCAAAAUUUUGUUUUUCUGAGGAGCUGCUGUCCCGGCUCAUUGACAUGCCCUUACCAGUGUCUUGUAUCGCCAACCUGCUGGGUGUCAGCCAAAGUACAAUUUUCCGGCGUAUGCAUGAACUCAGGUUGUCCACAAGACUUACAUACAGCAGUUUAUCUGACAGUGAACUGGAUGAUGCUGUCAUCUCCAUAAAAACCAGGAUCCCAAACGCAGGAUACAGAAUGGUUAAAGGUUGUCUCCAAUCAAAUGGACAUAGAGUUCAGUGGAAUCGCAUCAAGGAGUCCAUGCACAGAGUUGACGCUCCAGGAAUUUUGGAAAGAAUGACACAGCUGGGUUGCAUCGUCAGGAGGACAUACUUCGUACAGCGGCCUUUGUCAUUAGUGCACGUGGACACUAACCAUAAGCUCAUAAGGUACAACAUCGUCAUAUUUGGAGCAAUAGAUGGUUACUCAAGAAAGGGUCAGGGGAGAUGAAGGCGUUGAAAAUGUCGCAAUUGCUGAAACCAUGUUCAGUGUUAAAGGCACCGGAAGAGGGAGCUUCAUCGCUGGGCGAAGCGUACACAACCAAAGGAUUGAACGCCUAUGGCGAGAUGUCUGGACCUCUGUCACUCAUCUGUACUAUGAAGUUCUUCACAGUCUAGAAGAAGAUGGCCUGUUGGAUUUGUCAGAUGCUGUCCAUCUGUUUUGUGCCCAUUAUGUGUUCCUUCCGCGUCUGGCAGAGACCCUUCACACAUUCACAGAAGGCUGGGACAACCAUCCCUUACGAUCUGAAGGUGGACUCACCCCUAACCAACUCUGGGUUAUGGGUCACAUGCAGAACCCUUGUGACGCAGAUGAAGAUUUGCAGAACACGGAGCUGUUUGAUGGUGUGCCUGAAGAACCUUAUGGAGUUGAAGUCCCAGAAAUUGAGUGCCCGCUGACUCCAGCUAGUAUGGAAACUGUACAGUCCAUGAUCGAUCCCUCUGCAUCGUCAGAAUCAUUUAGCAGAGACAUUUAUAUAUCAAUGGUUCAGUGCAUUGAAAGUCUAUGUGUGACACAAAGAAACACCUAAGAUAUAAGCAGUCCUUACAAAAGAUUUAAUGGAAUGAAGUUGAACAUUUGCAAACAGACUGCCAGUUACAAAAGGCUUGCUGUGAUAUUACUUCAUUUUAUCACGGGAGUAACAGUGAGGUAAAAAACUAACUCCUCAUUCAUUUUGGUUUUAAAGUGAACCAUUAAUAACAGCAAAACAAUGGUUUUGUAACAAUGAAUAAAGUUAUUCACAGAAACAAGAAAAUGGCAAAUAAAAUGGCAAUAAAACAAAACAA